AUGGAAGCUGUGGAAGAGGACGAAGGUACUUCAUCCAACCAUGGAAAAAAAUUCUGUGAGGAACUAAACGAUGAGAUUUGUGUAAUAAUUAAAGGCAACCACGAAAGGACCAUAAAGGACUUAAUGCAAGACGAAUUAAAUAUAAGCUGGGAAUGGGCGAAAUUCAUUCUGGCAAAGAUUGCCAAGAAUGAACAAGCCGGUAAAGCGCACGAGCGGGACGCUGAGGACCGGGUGAAGUACGAGGCCGCGAUCAGAGAGUACGAGGCCGCGUCUGCAGCAAAAUUAAUCCAGCCACAACAACAUCCACAACAACAGCCCAAACCGGCACGGAGCUCGGCUAAGCGUAACCGCUCACAGGAUGUGAGUGAACGUGUGGCCAAAAGGAGCAAACACUCCUCAACCCAGGGGGCUGGGGGCCCUUCAACUAGUGCGGCAGGCGCGGCCUCGAGGGCGGCUUAUAGUGAGGUGGCCAGAGACCAUCUCCAAGUUGCCCUCGUGGACGCAAAAACCAAAAGUGGAAGAGCGGUGUUACCCCUUUGGGAUGCCAUUGAGGGACGGCUAUCGGGGAUGGUCGUCAGACACCUCAUGGACAAAAAAGGGCCAGCACCUCUCUUCGACUCGGGUGAAAUCUUUCGGGGCUGUAGGGUGAUAAAAUGUGCCAAUCAGUACUCGAGGGAAUUUCUGGAGAAGAGCCUUGCUACGGUUAGCAACGCCUGGGAGGGGCUUUCGCUAAAGCUCAUCCCUGCCUCAGAAAUUCCCAGGCGACCACGAGCCAGAAUCUGGCUGCCGAAAAUGGAGCUGGACAGUUCGGAAAUUGUGCCGUGUCUCAAGCUUCAGAACCCUGAGGUUCCUAUGGAUGACUGGUCUGUCAUCAAAGUAGAAGAACCUCAGCAGCAUAGCUCAGCCAUAUUACUGCUGAUUAACAACGAGUCGUGGUGGUAG